UUCACAUCAAUACGGACAAAUUCAAACUUAGGCUACUGAUAGCAGUUUUAGCAAACGUACUUUUCGUUCCCGAGUUAAUACCUUCGUUGGAGCAGAGCAAUGAAGUUCACGAAGUAUUUCUCCCCGAAGUUGGCUCUCCUGAUGACCGCGUUGGCGUGCACGACCCAGGCCCAAGUGGCGGACUUCUUCUUCAAGGUUGGCGGUAAUAUCGUGAAGAACGAGUGCCUCCUAACUACCGCAGUGACAGCCUCGACCAGGCCACGAGUAGCCUGCAGCAGCCUGUGCCUUCAGAAAGUCAACUGCCACUUCUUCUGCAUACGCAACGGAAACGGCUUGUGCGCGCUGUUCAAAGCGUUCGUCGCCGUACGAUGGCCGGGCCAUCCUGCGUCUGCGUCCACCACAACGUACGACGCUUGCUACACGUCGUGGGGGGACCCCCGGGACAUCGUCAAGACGAACUCCCACUUCACUUACUCCUCUGUUUGGGGAAGCUUGGACCCGAAGUCUGCUACCGAUGGAUACGCUUGCGCAGCCCCCGCUUUCUUCGCUACGCAGAGUCAGCCUAACAGCUUCACGCAGAUAGACAUGGAACUGACCACUCGAGUGCAGACUGUAAUCAUAGCCACAACUUUGGGUUCGGAAAUGGCAAACAUGGACGUCAUCCUCAGCAACACGAGUGACUACAACCUCGGCCAGAAAAUAGGACGAGUUGACGGUGCCCCGCCGCACUGGUCGACGUGCACCAUCGUCACCAACACCAGCGUGGCCGGACGCUACAUCACGACAUUCUGGGCAGCGACUGGCUACCAUAGCUACGCCGAAAUACAAGUCGUUCCGCUGCCUUAAUGCCUUAAGCCCGUCCAAAUUUAUGAAGAAUGUCCAACUCAAACUUAUUUUCGGUCUAAAAAAUUAUUUUUUUUUUUUGCUCAGGAGCAGUCUAAAGUUGGACUGACACAGCGUGCUACAGCUGGUGAAAUAUGCUGUGGUAAUUCAUCGCGUAUUAGAGUGUUAGAAUUGUAGUAAGGUUCACUUACCAACCUUGAAUACCUGCUUUUGUUUCUUGAUUUAUAUGAAUAGGAAACAGAAAAUGUAAACUUGGCAGACAGUAAUUAAGUCAUGAAAUCAGGCUCUAACAUCAUCACAAAAUCCAGCAUUCGCAUAACAUUUACUCACUGCCUCAAUUGGGUGAAAAUUUUCCUCGUCCCUCUCGGUGUCACAAUUUCCCCUCGUCCCUCUCGGUGUCACAAUUUCCCCCUUCUCCCUCUCGGUGUCACAAUUUCCCCUCGUCCCUCUCGGUGUCACAAUUUCCCCCUUCUCCCUCUCGG